CUUUAAUGUACGAUAAUUACAAACGCACGUUGUCUCAUCUCGCCCACGUGUGAUACAAAUCGUAAAUAAAUGUCAUUUUCUUUGGCCAAAUUUUGUACAAACUAUUAUUUCUCAAGUAAUCAAUGCAUGUUAAUUUAACACGGCCAGGUCUUGCAUAAAACGAGAAAACGAUUCAAGCAAGCAAGAGCAUUUAAAAUUUUUAAUAUGCAGUUUGAUUGGAAAUUCUUUCAUCAUUUUGGCUUCGACCCAAUGUAUUACCUCCCCUGCAAUUAAGCUCAUAAAGCAUUGUUCAUUUUUGGCUUUUUAAAAUAAGUCUAACUCAGUUUUCUUUCUCAAUUUGCCGCACCAUGGCUUUUAAUAUAAGCACGGCAUCAUUCGUACUUUUGAGCCUUUUUCUGGCUUUAUGCAUUUCAAACAUCAAUUCAGUCAACGCCUUUGAAGAAUCUAACUCUACCACGAGCGAACCCGAAGUUUCCACCAGCAAACCCGACGUUUCCACGAGCAAACCCGACGUUUCCACGAGCGAACCCGACGUUUCCACGAUCGAGCCCGAUGUUUCCACGAUCGAACCCGACGUUUCCACGAUCGAACCCAAGCCCAACAACACAGAUGAACUCGAUCACUGUGAAAGCUACAUCUUUCCCUGCUCUGACAAAAUUGUGGGAAAUGUCAUCAUGAUCCUUUUCUACGGAGCCAUUCUUGGUUUCGCUGCCAAAUUGAUCUCUGAUGGAGCCGAAAUGCUGUUGGAUCUGGACCUCCAGCCAGCUAUCAUCGGAGGAGUGGUGCUGCCAGUCAUGGGUGCCAUUCCCGAUUCUGUCAUGAUCAUUUUCUCCGGAAUCGGUGACCCAAAACUGGCUCAAGAUCAGAUUUCGGUCGGCAUGGGAACCCUAGCUGGAAGCACAAUUCUUCUGCUGACAAUCGCUUGGGGAGUUUCUCUCAUCGUUGGGCGGUCUGACAUGGUCACCGACUUUAAUGGCAAAACUUCAGUACAAGCAGGGCAGUGCACUGGGUUUUCUUUCACGCGUCAAGGUGUUCAACCAAGCAAACAAGUCAUGUAUGUUGCUAUUGGUAUGAUGGGAACUGCUAUACCAUACCUCAUCGUGCAAGGCAGUGACUGGGAAUUUGGAGCAAGAAAAGUCAAGGUGAUCCAGCCUGAAUACGUUCAGACUGCAGCACUGGUGACCAUGAUCAUCUGUUUCAUUGGCUUCUUUGCAUAUCUGGCUUCCCAAGUUUGGGCAUCGAUGAAUGUCGAUGAUUCACGAGUGCAAGUGCUUUUGAAAAUAAGGCGACGAAGAAUGAUGGCAGUUGCUGCACACAACUUCAUCAAUUUUGGCACCGGAAUCCGAGAAGACCCAAUGUUCCGAACAGUCGACUCCGAAGAUAUCCGCGUUCGUCGUGUAGCUCGCAACUUGGGAAGAUUGUGGAGAAUGAAAGCUCGCGCCUCUUCCCAAGCAAAGGGAAUAAACCUCAGCUCUAACGUUGACGACACCACUCCACUAAUUCCAGCUGAACACGCCGAAGAGGAACCGAAAUGGACAAUUGCACUAAAAUCGGCCGCUCACUUGAUUGGCGGAGUUGGUUUGGUGACAUUUUUCUCGGAUCCCAUGUGCGACACUUUGACUGCUCUCACGAACACUGAUUACGAAGAACACAUUCCAAUUAGUGCCUUCUACGUUUCUUUUGUAGUCACCCCUCUCUGCUCGAACGCUUCAGAGCUUGUUAGUUCCAUCUUGAUGGCCAUGCAGAAGGACAGAGACAAGAUCAACAUGACCUAUGCUCAGAUCUAUGGCGCGUGCAUCAUGAACAAUACAUUGUGUUUGGGCGUCUUCUGUGCAUUAGUGUACUUCCAGGGACUGGAAUGGUACUUCUCGGCGGAGGUCACAGUCAUCUUGCUGUUUGAGAUUGCGUUCGGAAUUAUCGCUGUUUUCUUCAACACAGUUUAUUCCGUCUGCCCAAUCUUCCUCGGCAUCUUCGCUAUUGCAUUGUACCCUGUCUCUAUGGGAAUGGUAGCAUUCAUGCAGAACGUACUGCACUGGGGUUAAGAACUCAGUGCUGUAUAAUUCUAGGAAAAAUCUGAAAUCACAAGACUACUCAAUGUAAAUAGCAGCUCAAACUAUUUAGUACAAGACUAGAAUACAUUUCAUUGAAUGUACAUAGAAUGCUUUUACGUACGGAUUUAACCAUUAAAUUUCAAACUUGCAAACUAA